AUGGCUCUCAUCAUGGAACCCGUGAGUAAAUGGUCUCCGAGUCAAGUGGUGGACUGGAUGAAAGGUCUUGAUGAUUGCCUGCAGCAGUAUAUUAAGAACUUUGAGAGAGAGAAGAUUAGUGGGGACCAGCUACUACGUAUUACUCACCAAGAACUGGAGGAUCUGGGAGUCACCCGAAUUGGCCACCAGGAGCUUAUCUUGGAAGCAGUUGACUUGCUCUGCGCAUUGAACUAUGGUUUGGAAACAGAAAAUCUAAAAACACUUUCUCACAAGCUAAAUGCAUCUGCCAAAAAUCUGCAGAACUUUAUAACUGGGAGGAGGAGGAGUGGUCACUAUGAUGGCAGGACCAGCCGAAAAUUACCAAAUGACUUCCUGACCUCUGUGGUGGAUCUGAUUGGAGCAGCUAAAAGUCUGCUGGCUUGGUUGGACAGAUCACCUUUUGCUGCUGUGACAGAUUACUCAGUAACGAGAAAUAAUGUCAUACAGCUCUGCCUGGAAUUAACAACAAUUGUACAACAGGAUUGUACAGUAUAUGAAACAGAGAAUAAAAUUCUUCAUGUGUGUAAAACUCUCUCUGGCGUCUGUGACCACAUUAUCUCUCUCUCAUCUGAUCCUCUCGUUUCGCAGUCUGCUCACCUUGAAGUGAUCCAGCUAACAAACAUAAAACCAAGUGAAGGGCUGGGUAUGUACAUUAAAUCAACAUAUGAUGGUCUCCAUGUAAUUACUGGAACAACAGAAAAUUCACCUGCAGAUCGGUGCAAGAAAAUCCAUGCUGGAGAUGAAGUGAUUCAAGUUAACCACCAAACUGUGGUGGGGUGGCAGUUGAAAAAUUUGGUGAAUGCACUACGAGAGGAUCCGAGUGGUGUUAUCUUAACUUUGAAAAAGCGACCUCAGAGCAUGCUUACCUCAGCACCAGCUUUACUGAAAAAUAUGAGAUGGAAGCCCCUUGCUCUGCAGCCGCUUAUUCCUAGAAGUCCUACAAGCAGCGUUGCUACACCAUCCAGCACUAUCAGCACACCCACUAAAAGAGACAGUUCAGCACUCCAAGAUCUCUACAUACCCCCUCCUCCGGCAGAGCCUUAUAUUCCCAGGGAUGAAAAGGGAAAUCUUCCAUGUGAUGAUAUUGGCAGACAUAUAGUGGGCAAGCCAGUUCAUAAGGGUUCCGAAUCUCCAAAUUCAUUUCUUGACCAGGAAUAUCGGAAGCGCUUUAAUGUGGUUGAAGAAGAUGCAGUCUUAUACUGCUAUGAAUAUGAGAAAGGAAGAACAGGCGGCUCUGGGAGAAGAGAGAGCACUCCAACGUAUGGCAAACUAAGACCUAUCUCUAUGCCAGUGGAAUAUAACUGGGUAGGGGAUUAUGAAGAUCCCAACAAGAUAAAAAGAGAUAGUCGGAGGGAAAAUUCAUUACUUCGCUAUAUGAGCAAUGAGAAAAUAGCUCAAGAUGACUACAUGUUUCAAAGGAAUAGCAAAAAGGAUACAGGGAAAAAAUCCAAAAAGAAAGGAGACAAGAAUAAUAGUCCAAGUCAUUACUCCUUGCUGCCUAGUUUACAAAUGGAUUCAUUAAGACAAGAAGUCAUUGGCACACCUGGGCCAGACACCACCUACUACCAUACCUUUCAGCAGUCUUCUCUACAACAGAAAACUAAAAAGAAAAACAAAGCUCCUAUUCCUGGUAAGAGCAAAAGGCGGAUUUCCUGUAAAGAUCUGGGCCGUGGGGACUGCGAGGGCUGGCUUUGGAAAAAGAAAGAUGCCAAGAGUUAUUUCUCCCAGAAAUGGAAGAAAUAUUGGUUUGUUCUGAAGGAUACUUCUCUAUACUGGUAUAUCAAUGAGGAGGAUGAAAAAGCAGAGGGAUUCAUCAGUCUACCUGAAUUUAAAAUUGAUAGAGCCAGCGAAUGCCGCAAGAAAUAUGCAUUCAAAGCCUGCCAUCCUAAGAUCAAAAGCUUUUACUUUGCUGCUGAACAUCUAGAUGACAUGAACAGAUGGCUAAACAGAAUUAACAUGCUUGCUGCUGGCUGUGCAGAAAGAGAGAGGAUCAAGCAAGAGCAAGAUUACUGGAGUGAGAGUGAUAAGGAAGAAGCAGACACUCCAUCAACACCCAAACAAGACAGUCCACCACCCCCAUAUGAUACAUACCCACGACCUCCUUCGAUGAGCUGUGCAAGCCCUUUUGUGGAACCAAAACACAGCCGACUUUCAUCUACAGAAACUUCCCAGUCACAGUCUUCGCAUGAAGAGUUCCGUCAAGAAGCAGUAGGGAGCACCACUGAAUCACCUGUACGCAAAACAGCCAGUCAGCGACGUUCCUGGCAGGAUUUAAUAGAGACGCCACUGACAAGCUCAGGACUGCACUACCUUCAGACUCUGCCUCUUGAGGAUUCAGUGUUCUCUGACUCAAUUGUAAUCUCUCCAGAACACAGGCGGCAGUCAACUCUUCCAACUCAAAAGUGCCACCUACAGGAUCACUAUGGUCCAUUUCCCUUGGUAGAGGGUGAGAGAAAGCAAGUGCUAAAUGGGAAUGGAGGCAAGCCCCGCAGUUUUACUCUGCCUCGGGAUAGUGGGUUCAACCACUGCUGUCAGAACCUUUCAGUUAGUGCCUCUGAUCACCAGGAAGAUGUACAACAGAAAAAGUUAGAUGAGGAAGAGGAAGAAGGGAAAGCAGCAGCAGAAAACCAAGAAGAUAAAACUUCCCUGUUUGAAACUGACCCAGCUGAAACUGUAGAAGAAAAGCCAGCAGACUCCUUGCAAGAUUUGUACAGAGCCUUGGAGCAGGCCAGUCUGUCGCCUUUAGGAGAAUACCGGAUUUCCACUAAGCUGGAGUACAAGAAGUUUUUUAUAAAAAGAUGUAGCGAUCCAGUAGUCAAUGAAAAACUGCACCAACUGCGAAUUCUGAAAAGCACUUUAAAGGCCAGAGAAGGAGAGGUAGCCAUUAUAGAUAAGGUUCUCGAUAAUCCAGAUUUGACAUCUAAAGACUUUCAAGAAUGGAAACAAAUGUACCUUGAUCUCUUCUUGGAUAUUUGUCAAAACAGUACCCCAAGGGACCCUGUAAAUGGCUCUUCUGAAGUAGAUGCACUUAUAGCCUCUUUAGCACACACCCAUUCAUACAUUGAAACGCAUGUAUAA